AUGGUUAUUAGUGCCUUCACUGCACUUAGCUUGCUCCUAGUUUUCUCCAGAUCAACAUCAGCAUUGACCUGGGGAUCGACAAAGUACUUCUUUGUAUUCGGAGAUAGCUACACCACUACAGGUUACAAUGUAUCAGCCGGGAUAAAUUCGCCCACGCCAGGAUGGACAUCAUCAAAUGGCCCAAAUUGGGUUCAGUAUCUUGGAGGAACUUAUAAUGUGACGGAUACCAAGGUUUAUAAUCUUGCAUAUGGUGGUGCUACUACAGAUUCAAAACUAGUUACGCCAUAUCUGCCCACAGUGCAGUCGUUUGUAGAUCAAGUCACUCUGUUUAGCAAUCACUUUUCACCUGGAAACUCGUGGUGGUGGAGCAACGUAACUCAGGCCGGAUUUCAUCAGACGCUGCUUGAUCGAUAUUUUUCACAAGUCGACGAGCUCUACAGACGGGGUGCACGCUCAUUUCUCUUUUUGAACGUACCGCCUUUGGAACGUGCCCCACUUUUUAUUGAACAAGGAGCUACAACUGUCAAGGCAGUCAUGGCCUCAACGGAUGAUUUCAACAAGCAGCUAGCACAGCGAGUGAAGCAAUUCCAGAAGACAUACAAAGGUCUCGGCCAAGUUACUCUUUAUGAUGCUCAUAAAGCAUUCAAUGUCCAGCUCGAUAAUGCAAAUGUUUUAGGUUUUGUCAACGUGACUGGUUACAAUACUGCCUACCAAAAUGGUACACCGGGAUCUACCUAUCAGAUCGCAGGGUCCAAACCAGUCUCAAGCUACUUCUGGUUGAACUCGCUUCAUCCUACGUUCGGAGUCCACGAUAUCAUGGCUCGUGCUAUCUCCACUGUCAUUAUGGUUGGCUACCCGGGCUGGAAGGCUAACCUCAUUAGCCCUGACUCGGGUCUCGACCAAACAACAUCUCUUAAGGAUAACCCUCAACCUUGGUGGGUGCUACUCGCCGGUCUUUACAACAUGGGACACCUUUACAAGCUCUCAGCUGUACUUUCUGCGCACUCGAGCGACGUGCGAGAUCUUAUAGCACCAACCAAUGAUUUGAUUUUGUCGGUUUCCCGCGACUCUUUGGCAAUAGCGUGGAGGAGGGACGGGCCGAACGGGUUUACGCCGACGACGUACUCGGCAGGCUCGCGAUUCGUGAAUUCUGUCACGUAUAUUCCACCACAGAAAAAUGGAGGACCUGGAUCACAAGGGUACAUCGUUACUGGAGGCCAGGAUACAGUAAUAAACGUCUUCGAUCUAUCUCAUCCUGACGGUGCCAAAGAACCCACAUUCACGCUUCUCGGUCAUCGAGAAAAUGUUUGUGCACUUGAUUCAACUCCUUCUGGCACGAUUGUAUCCGGUUCAUGGGAUUCUACAGCACGAGUCUGGAAGAAUUUUCAACAGGUACACGAAUUGCGCGGGCAUUCCCACUCCGUUUGGGCAGUUCUCGCAGUUGAUGAAGACCAAACACUUACUGGAUCAGCUGACAAGACAAUUGCGCUUUGGCAAGGUAGUAAAUUAGCCCACCGAUACACCGGUCAUACGGACGCAGUUCGUGGCCUCAGCAUACUUCCUGAAGGCAUCGAUAUUGGAUUCGCGUCUUGUUCAAAUGAUGGAACUGUGAAGCUUUGGACUCUGGGUGGAGAUGUCCUUCACCAAUUCGAUGGACACACCUCUUUUGUUUAUUCGCUAGCAGCCAUUGCUGAGACGGGCUCCUUGAUAAGCUCAGGGGAGGAUAGAACUGCGCGAAUAUGGGAAGACGGCGAACUUGUUCAGACGCUCACCCAUCCCGCAAUUUCAGUCUGGACAGUAGAUGCCAUGCCAAACGGGGAUAUUGUAACCGGAUGUUCCGAUGGCGUGGUUCGAGUAUUCUCGAGGAACGAAAGUCGAUGGGCCAAUGCGGAGACCAUCCAGGCGUUUGAAAACCAAGUGGCCAGUCAAGCCAUUCCGUCUGAGUCGGUCGGAGAUGUCAAGAAAACUGAUCUACCUGGACCAGAGGCCUUGGAGCGUUCCGGAAAUAAAGACGGACAAGUAAUCAUGGUCAGAACUGCAUCUGGAUCGGUGGAAGCUCAUGAGUGGUCGGCAGGCCAACGUAAAUGGGUCAAGAUAGGGGACGUUGUCGAUGCUGUGGGCCAAAAUCGGAAGCAGCUUUACAACGGCAAGGAGUACGACUACGUUUUCAAAGUUGAUAUCAAGGAUGGCGCACCUCCACUAUCCCUUCCUUACAAUGCCACAGAUAAUCCAUAUUCUGCAGCACAGAAGUUCUUGGCUGAGAACGAGCUAUCCAUGGAGUAUAUCGACCAGGUGGUUGGUUUUAUAGAGAAAAAUACUGGAGGGUUCAAGGUGGAGCAACAGUCUCAGCAAUUCGUCGAUCCUUAUACAGGUGCAUCGCGGUAUCAAGCGAAUCCAACGUCAGCACCGUCCAAUAAUAUUACCACAUAUUCAGAUCCCUUCACCGGUGGAUCGCGUUACGCCCCCGCGUCGACGCAUGCUGCGGCGACACCUCCGCCUCCAAAGCCCGUUAAUUCUAUUCUCCCAGUGAGGACGGCUUUGGGAUUUAAGCAAGCCAAUAUCCCUGCGAUGGAAAACAAAUUCAAGCAGUUAAACGAAGGAUUAUCUGGGGACCCAAAUACUUCGUCUCUGGCAUUGACACCUCUCGAGUUUAAGUUAUUCAACCGUUCGUUUGCUCUCAUGAACGCCAAAGCACACUCUCCGCCAAAAGUACCCGUCGAAACCAGUGCCGAGUUGUCACAGAAAGAUAUCGACAUCAUUGCUGACGUUCUAGCGCGCUGGCCAUCCUUGCAAAGAUUCCCUGUUGUUGACCUUUUAAGGCUCUUGAUUGCUUAUUCUCCAAACACGUUCGAGGCCCCUCAGACAUCACAGAAAUUGAUCGAUGCCUUAUUCGAAGCAUCAGAAUGGAAAUCUGAGCCGUGGCCAUCGCCUCUGCCGAAGCAUAGAGAGACUAACGUAUUACUCACACUACGAGCCCUUUCUAAUUUAUUCCAAGUCGGCCCGCACAAAGUUGUAGGAACUGGUCCUUGGGUUCCUGGGUUGUUCACGACUUUAGCUGCUGGUCCCUACUCUGUGUUGACCAAAACGCAAAAGGUGGCUCUAGCAACAAUCGCUUUCAAUUAUUCAGUCGUUGAAUUGAUCGGAAAAGUGGAUCCUUUGGCCGCUCCUGCCCAUGUUUCUUUGGUAACUCUAAUAUUGAACAAUGAGAGGGAAGAUAAUGAAACUGGCUACCGCGCCCUGGUUGCGCUGGGCAACAUCGUAUAUAACGCAAAGAGCCAAGGCUCAUUGAGCGAUGUUGCUGCAGCUGCCUAUAGGCCAUUGUUGACCAAUGUUGCCACCGCAUUCCCCGAAGAGCGGGUUUUAUCUUUGGUUCAGGAGAUUAAAGCUUUAUUAGGUUAA